AAUCAUGAAUUAAUGAACUGAUGUCGGGUCCUAGAAAAAUAAUUUGGAAAUUAAAUAGUGACAGUAACAAGACGCACGCAAUGCGGAUGUAGAAACGACUCAGUGUAUUACAGUUAGGGGAACAUAUCUUAAAAUAUUGAAAAAAUUGUGAACAUUGUGUUACAUAAAAAAAUAACAACUAAUCAUUAUUAUUAUUAUUUAUUAUAGUCAUCGCUAUAUUUAUUAUUGUUGCCGUUGUUAUUAUUAUUAAUAUCAUUAUCAUUAUUAUUGGAUGGGGAAGAAAAAUGCACUAAUAUUUCUUUAUAAUGAAGUGUAAAUGAAAUGCUCCUACGCUCACAUAGCUUGGUCCUAGAACUACACUACGGCUUUAAGACUAAGGAAACAUUUUUUUUCUCCUUCAGGAAAUCACAUGGAGGCUCAGUGCGUCUCACAUGACAAGCAGCACUAUGGACGGGGAGAUCAAUGAAGGGUCUGUGCCACCCUAUUACAGAGAGGUAUAUGAGGCUUUGUGUAGCAAGAAGGAUGAAAUGAUCCAGGCCCAGGUCUUCCAGAGGUUACUCAGAAAGGCUGAGCUUCCGGUCGCUGUGCAGAACCAGAUCGCCGAACAGUUGGAUUGCGGAGAUGGCUCCCUGUCCAAACUCUCGCUGUACCGAGGUCUGGCACUGAUCGCCUUCGCCCAGCAGGGAAAGCAGCCCACUCCCAAACUGCUGGAGAACUGCAUCCAAGAGUUUCCCAAGCCUGAGCUGGGUGAGCCGAGCGGCCUGCAGGCCCUGAAGAUGCGGCGGGCUGAGGAGAGCCCCCUGGCGGUGCAGCAGACACUGGAGCAGCUGCUGAAACGGGACGUUGUGACGGUGGAGCUCAUUCCUGAGAAGAAGGGCCUCUUCCUGAAGCACGUGGAGUACCAGACGACCAGCCAGAGAUUCAAGAUGUCGGUCUAUCGCAGAUACAGCGAUUUUGACGUUUUCCAUGAGCUUCUGCUGCAGAGGUUUGCCUACAGAAUGGUACCGGCCCUCCCCCCCAAACGGAUGCUGAAGGGAGUUCUGAAGUCAACAUCGGAGCGGGAAUUCAUCGAGGGCCGGAGACGGGCCCUGGGGCGCUUCAUCAACCUGGUGGCCCGACACCCCCUCUUUUCCGAGGAUGAGCUGUUGAAAACCUUCCUGACCUUCAGUGGCUCGGACGUGCAGAACAAACUGCGAGAGAUCUUCCGGAGGACCGGAGAUGAAUUCAUGACAUGCAGCACUGCCACACAGGCCAAGGAGCACCUGCCUGUGGACAUCCAGGCCCAAUUUGCAUCCAGCAAGGAGCUGAUCAGGAACAUCUCCAACAGCUUCCACAAGAUCCGGGACAAGGCGGGGAAGAUGGCGGAACGCUCCAGGGAGAAUGCGGUGGAUCUGCUGGCUUUCGGCCGGGAGCUCAGCACGAUGGGCUCGGAUACAUCAGCCCUCCCCGCCCUGGCCUCUCCCAGCUCCACUUGGGCCCCCCUCCGGCAGUCCCUGAAGGUCCUGUCUGUGGAGUUUGCCUUGUUGUCAGACAAAGCGGCCCAGCAGGGAAGAAGAGAAGAGGACGAUGUUGUGGAAAAACUUCAUCUUUUCCUGGACUUGUUGCAGUCAUACAAAGACCUGUGUGAGCGGCACGAGAAGGGGGUCCUCCACGAGCACCAGCGCGCCCUGCAGAAGUACAGCGUGAUGAAGAGGCAGGCCAUGACUGCCGCUGCCCAACCCAAGGAGCAGGUGUCCGUCGAGCAGCUGGAGUCUCGCAUCGUGCAGCAGGAGAAUGCCAUCCAGACCAUGGAGCUCCGCAACUACUUCUCCCUGUUUUGCCUGCACCAGGAGACACAGCUGGUCUUCACAUACCUGCCCAUGACCUCACAUAUCCUGGGCUCCUUCGUCACCUCCCAGAUUCAGGGCCACCACGAGAUGGGUGAGGUCUGGAACGAUCUUCGCCCAAAGCUGAGCUGUCUCUUCGGGAACAACAACGGCAUUCCUUCUUCCCCCCUCAGCCCCCAACAGGGCACCCUGAAGAUGCCCCUGGCCACCUGGUGACAGCAACUGGGAAGUGCAACCUCAUACAGAAACACGACAUAGUCAUAUAUACACAGUACAGGAAAGGGAGGGUAACGGACAUUCUGAGAAGUGUUACACGCGCUGUGUCAGAGUUGAGAGAAAAACAGGCACUAUGCACUGCUGACUGCUGCCUCUCAAGGAGAACAAUUAUGCAAAUCCAUACAAAUAAUGCAAGAGCAGAAUUUAAGAGCAAAAUGUAUUGCUUAUAGAAGUGCUUAUUUUUGAAAAGAGUUAUUUUGAUUGCUGAAUGUAUCAGGGACUUGUGCCAAACUGGAGGAUUAAUUCUGGUAGGUGGGGGAUGAACUUGUAACAGUCAUAUGAUUAAAAAUAUAUAUAUAUAAUUUUUUUUUUUUUUUUACAUUGUAUUGUAGAUGCAUCAGAGGGACAUGGUCACAUGACUGUUGGCCAAUGUACCUCUGUGCUCACAGGAGAGGGAGAAUGUCCAUGGAUUGAGAAAGGGAUUUUGAAAGAUUCUAGGCCAGAUUUUUCUGAUAGUUAAAGUGAUGUUUGAUGUAUUCUAGCCCUGAAAACACUCAAUUUAACGCACACUAUAAAAUGAACCAAUUGUUUUGGUAACAUUGUUUUGUAAGUUCCUUUGAAAGCUUUAUUGUCUGAACUUUGUUGGUCAGCGUUAAAGCCUGUCAGCAUCUGCUUUACAUGAAAUGGAUUUUUUUUUAUUGUUUUGAAACACUACUUAAACAUUUUCUUUGUAUUUUGAUUCACGCAGCAGUUUCCUCUUGCAGACCGAAAACCUGCUUUUCUGUGUGUAGCCUGGGCAAAAUGUUUUCAAUUCAGUCACAAAACACAGGUUAUUCUGCACAGACAGCAUGAUGCUGUUGUCAGCACAGAUUAUUGUAUGUUUUGAUUUACUUGCCAGGCGAGGGAGGUCAGCCAUGAGUAUAACGGCAUGGUUUUAAGUGAGCCAACGUGACCACAGAUAUUUAGACUCCAGCGUAAUGGGAAAGAGUAUCACUGACGCUGCAUGUAAGCCAGAGAAGUUUUUUGUGUGACUGUUGAAGUAUGUAUCCGGUUUAGCUUAAGAUCUGUGAAAUGUGACUGUUUGCACAGUUUUUUUAUUUUAUUUUGGAAGGUUUUUUUGAUAACGUGCAAAUAGCUUGUAUGUUAUUUUUCUGUGCAUUCUGAAGUGCUCUAGCCCUUGGCAUGCUGAAUUUCUAUCCUGAUUUCAAGCUGAAGUGCUCUAGCCCUCGCAAUGUUGAAUUUCUAUCCUGAUUUCAAGCUGAAGUGCUCUAGCCCUCAGCAUGCUGAAUUUCUAACAUGAUUGCAAGCUGGAGUGCUCUAGCCAUCAGUGUGCUGAAUUUCUAUCCUGAUUUCAAGCUGAAACAUUCUAGCCCUUAGCAUGCUGAAUUUCUGUGCUGAUUCCAAGCUGAAGGUUUCUAACCCUCAGCUUGCUGAAUUUCUAUGCUGAUUUCAAGCCGAAUAAUUCUAGUCCUCGGUUUGCUGAAUUUGUCAUACUUGCUUUUUUUUUUUAAUUAAGUAAAUGCACUUUGGACAAUGUGACCUUCUAGACAAGGUCUGGCAAUAACUGUCAGUGACAUCACUGUAAGACAUUCUAAUUUUAGAGAUUUCUAUAUUCUUACCUAGUGAUGUCACUGAUGUAUAUUAUAUAUACACACACACACACACCUUAGUAGCCAAUGAAUAGCCAAAUCAGCAACUGUCUGAACCAUAGACCUGCUUUUGCAAGUUCAUGGUUUGCUACUCUGAUAGCAUAAUGUCUUCGCCUCGGAAAUGCGAAUGCUUCUACAAGCGUGUGGUUGUCUCAGUUCCUACUGUUUGUAGGCAAGAAAAAAAAUAAUUAGUCUCAGGAUAAGUUUCUGCUCUCCAUUUAAAGUUAACCUUAACGCUCACAGCACCGGCCAAUCAUUUAUACAUGAGCUACAUGCAAUUGCAGAGCUAUACAGGAAACUGGAGGCAGUUUCAUAAUUACAUUCUUCUAAGCAUUUGUUGCUCAAAAAUAUCUUUGUAAUCAUGAAUGUUAAUAAAAUGGAGAAAAGCAAGAAAAGCACACUACAAAUGCCUUUUCAGAUUUUUUUGCCAGUAUUAACAAGUGUCUAACCAUUGUUUCACGACACUUAACGUUUUCAUUUGUAAUUAGAAACAAAAAAAAUAAAAUUUGCACUUCAAUCUU